CUUUUGCAUUCGUUAGGCGUGCCUGUACUGGAAGCAAGGUGGCUUGUGGCUUAGCCCGUUGUUAUUAACGCUCAAUCGGCUUAAGCUGCAAAUUGCACGCCUGCAAUGUCGCUGAAAAUCGCGACCACUUCGCUGACCCGCGCCCUAUGGAGCGGAGGAAGCCGACAACAAUCUCCAAAACGCGCGUGCUGCGUCACGUUACGCGGCCACGACGGGACAAAAGAGAGAAGCGCUUGCUCCUCUGGUGGCUCCAGGGGGCCGUGUGGCGACGCGCAGCCAUGCAGCCCUGGGGCUCCAGCGGCGGCGUCCGACGGACAGCAAGCCGAGGAGCCAGCGGGCGCGCCCGGUGUGACUGGCGCGAAGAGGAGGGCGUCUACGUCCACCUCCACGAUCGCUCCCUUGGACCAGAAAUCCUACAUGUGGGCUCGUUACGCUGACCUGAGACGGAUGGUUCAUGAGCUAAUUCCACCCGGCGCGUGCAAAUCCCUCAACUCGUCGGCCAUCUACGCCAACAAUGAAGUCAACUUGGACGAAGUGGACAUCUACGGCUUUGACUACGACUACACGCUGGCUCUGUAUUCCAAUGCGCUCAACUCGAUGAUUUACAACACAGCCAGGACCUUUCUCGUUGAGCACUUCAAGUACCCGGAGGCAAUCCUCAAAUAUGAUUACAUUCCCAACUUUGCAGUGCGAGGUCUGCACUACGAUAUCCAAAAGGGUCUACUGAUGAAGAUCGACGCCUUCCAUUACAUUCAACCAGGAACAGUUUACAGGGGUCUGAAGCCAGUGCCAGACGAGGAGGUCCUCGAGCUCUACGGGGGAACUUUCCACGUCCCUCUGCAGCUGGAUAGUGGCUUCUACGGAAAAGGCCCAAAGGUGAAACAGUUCAUGGACAUCUUCUCCAUCCCAGAAAUGACCCUCUUGGCUGUGGCCAACGAUUUCUUCAUCAGCAACGACAUUGAUUACGAUCCAGUUCACCUCUCCAAAGAUGUCUCAGAAGCCAUCGGCAUGGUCCACUUGAAAGGCUUCAUGUACAAGUGGAUCGAGCAAGACCUUGAAAAGUUCAUUAUGAGAGGAGAAGAAACGGAUGCCGUUUUGCACCGACUCGUCAGUCAUGGAAAAAAACUUUUUCUCAUGACCAACAGUCCCUUCAGUUUUGUGGACAAAGGCAUGACGCACAUGGUGGGCAAAGAGUGGAGAGACUUCUUCGACGUCAUCAUCGUGCAGGCGGACAAACCUCACUUCUUCACCGAUUGCGUCAAACCCUUCCGGCGUCUCGAUGGAAACGGGGACCUUCGUUGGGAGAAAAUCAGCAGUCUAGACAAAGGCCACAUUUAUAAACAGGGAAACCUGUUUGACUUUCUCAGGUUGACGGGUUGGCGAGGAUCGAAGGUUCUUUACUUUGGAGACCAUCUUUAUAGCGACUUAGCAGACCUGACGCUACGACACGGCUGGCGCACUGGAGCCAUCGUACCGGAACUGGAGCAUGAAACCAAAGUUGUGAGCACAGAGCGCUACGCUGUCAACCUCACUUGGCUCCAAGCCCUCACCGGCCUGAUGGAACGAUUACAGACGCACCGUGACCCAGGAUCCAAACAAGUGCUUGACGAGUGGCAGAAGGAGCGAGAAGAACUCAGGCUGAUGACAAAGAACUUUUUCAACCCUCAGUUCGGCAGCAUCUUCCGAACGUGCCACAACCCCACGUAUUUCUCCCGCCGCCUGUCUCGCUUCUCCGACCUCUACAUGGCCUCCCUCAGCUGUCUUCUCAACUACGACCUCUCCCAAACCUUUUACCCACGCCGUACUCCUCUGCAGCAUGAGGCGCCGCUGUGGAUGGACCAGCUGUGCACCGGCUGCAUGAAAACACCUUUUCUGGAGGAAAUGGCUCAAAUUCGAUGAGCGAGUACGUUUUUAGGACACUCCGUUCGUUGCCUUUUUCGACACCUGUAUGUUAGGGUGCAGAAAGGUGGCAUAAAAUUAUACAUGGUGACCAGUUUAGCCAAAGAAGUAGAUUAAAAACAGCCUGCAGAAAGUAAGAUGCUUGGGUUGCUUCAACUUAGCAAAAAAAAAACUAAACACGCACAAUUAGCUUUUUUUUUUUAUUUAGUUGUGGCAAUAACCCACUGUAUGCAUAUAUAGUGCGGUUGCAGUCGACCUUUUCACCUCAACUUGGUGUUUACUGUUUUCUUUUUUUGUAAUUUUUGCAUGGAGGAAACCACAUGGGGGAAUUCCAAAGUGUAUUAUGACCACACUUUAAAGAAAAAAAAAAUGAAUGCGGUGUUGCUUUUUGGUGCAAGUGCCUUGAUCUGAAAGAUUUACUUCUUGUCACUUGGCCGAUUUUUUUUGUCUUGAUAUACUAGCAAAAUAUAAAUUCAAAUAAUAGUUGGUUCCAGACCUCCUCUGCUAGACGGCAGCAGCAAACACUCAAUGAAGGUUCAUGCUUUUAGGUGGGGCUGUAAUUCUAUUCAUCUCAAUGGUAAAAGUUGACUUGAGACAUGAGUGUUUUGAGAUACGAGCAGGGAGCUGAAUGAAUUAAACUUGUAUCUCAAGGCACCACUGUACAAGAAUAAAGUCCAUGGAUAUUAACUUUAUCAUUACACUCCUAAAGGUUGUCCUGGGUGAUGUUACAUUUUUCCCCUCUACUAUAUCCUGCAAUGUUUUUCUCAUACAUAUUUUUCUUUUCAGUGUGGCCUUAAUAGUUCUUUGUGGUAAAUGAAUUUUAUUGACGAUCAAUUGCAAUGGCCAAUCAUGUCAGUAUGGUUUUGUGGUCCAACCAGUUUGGUUUGUUCACAACAAAGUCCUACUGUUUCUUAAUCAUGACAUUUAGUAGUUGUGUGUCGUAGUGUAAUGCAACUCCAAACAGCAAACUGGAGAAAAAUAAGUAGAUUCCUGUAGACGCCCCUACACUUAAGGGUUUCCCCAUGUCAAAACUGUCUCAAUUAACCCCAAAUGGUUUGCUGUUGUGUUCACGUUUACUUGCAUUGUAUUAUCUUAUGGGAAGAUGACUGGAUUCAGUGGCAAUGCAUCUCAUGAAUGUACGAUUCAAUAAAAUGUCUCAGCAGA